AAUAGCCUCUGGACUGGUGUAAUUUGUCGAGAAUCGGAAACGGCGUCAGAAUCAUGACCGAAACGGUACAAAGUUCAGCAACCGCCAAAAAAGGACGGACGUCGAGGUGUUUCACGACAUGCUAGAUCGCGCGGAGGACGAAAACACCGACACGAAUCUCUACUUUCGAGGAGCGGUAUUAUUCGCGAGAAUGGUGUUACCGGUUAAACGAGAGAAUCGUGGGAACAACGUGCGGCAAGAAGAAGGAGAAGAACCAGAAGAAGAAGAAACAGUAAGAAGGAGGUGAAAGAAUACAGUCAACCAGUAGGGAGAAUAAGGUCUCGGCGACGAAGAUAUCACGAUCGCGUACAGCAAGGACACGAAUAGAGGUCCGCGUGAGUUGGUUCCCGCAAAAGAAGGGAUAUCCGAGUCCCCACUAUUAAGUAGCUCGACUACGACGCAGGAAAGGAGAAGCUACAUCGGGGGCGGUGGAUCACCAUCCAAGCUCAGUGCAAUUUCGACACUCUGCAGGCAUCAACAAGGGUUCCUGGCAAUUGCGAGAUCGGAGAGAAAGAAGAGAUCGUCGAAUCGUUCGAACGAAGGGCGUGUUGGAUUCGUUGGAAGAUUUUUGCUGAAGCAAGGUGUCGUUAGACGAAUAAUCGAAAGACAGGGAAGAAAAUAUGAUAGUAAGAUUGGAGGAGGUUGUUACGAAAGGAUUCACCCAAAGUGUUCGAAGAACCUUUUGAAAUUCUCGUGGAGACGGCGGGGUUACGAUCGUUCGAUGGGGAACUAGAAGAUUCUGCAAAAGGCUCGAAGAAUUGAAAAAUAGGAUAUAAGCGCUAAAGAAAUCUAAACGGCGAAGAACCUGAAAUUGAACAUUUCCUGCGAUCUUAUUGGAGCACGAAUUGUAAUCUGCCGUCGAACAUGCAAAGUAUCUCGAUUGCAUGCAAUGAAACAGAACACGUAUUUAUUGCCGGUCCAAUUAGUAUCUUCGAUUGGAAAUGCAAGCGACUAGGGUAGAGGAGGUUUAUCGUUCGGAAAGGAUAAUAAUGUGUUUGAGAGUUCGGGUCGACAGGGAGUCCCGAUUGAGAAAGCAAUUAAGAGGUAGCGAUCCGUUGACGAGGAAUUGGACUCAGCGGGAGGAAAUUGAAUCUCUGAUCCGUAACGAUUAGAUGGUCAUAAUUACGUCGGGGGAAAAGAUUAGGAGCGUCGGAGGUGAAGGGGAAACGAAGACGACAAGCCAAGUCGGCGAAGAGUAAAAGCGACUCUGGAAGACGAAUCUGCUGGUGAAAGCAGAAGAGAACGAGCAUUGGCAAAAAGGGAGAACCCGACGUUAGCAGACUGUCCCCCCGGGGUUCAUGAGCCGUGAAACGAGGGCUGCGAGUGUUCGAUCGAGAACACUUUGUUUCGGGGAACGAAGAAGAGCGCAGGAAGUUUGGAUACAAAUUUGCAAAGAAACUACUCACGAGGGAGACACAAGGUAGGGAAUUAGCAAAGAAUUCUCGGUGUACAAAAAUCCCGUCUCAAGAAGCGAAAAACAAGAUGAAACGCUUAAAGAGAUUACGAGACAUUCUAAUGAUAUAUUUUAACGACUAUAAUUCUGUCCGACAAGGCGAAAGAACUAAUAAGAUGCUUGUAGAAAAGAAAUUGCGAGGAUGAAAUGAAAUAGUUUGUUCUGUCAAACGAAAUUCAUAACAGAUGUUUAUUGUCUGCCAAAGAGACGAAGGAAGAAGACACUGGUUGCAAAACGAGGUAAAACAUGAACGCGCGAAUAUAAAGCUAGGAGGAAGGUGCGUGGAAAGCCGCGAAAGAAGUUUGCGACGAGUAUAAAAUUUGCAAAUAAAUUGCAUUUGAGAAAACUGGAGCGCAACAUCUUUCAAGGCGCAAAACCGGGCAACGUACAGUAAACUAUAUUUAAGAUAAAUACCGAAAGCGAGUACCGAGAAGAAGAAAAUCGUGUGCAUCGAGUUUUUCGGGAGUUUAGAGACCGAUCGUUUCGAUCGACGAUUACAGAUCGCGUCCGUUUUUGUGUCAAUCGCUGUACUUUAUUUCUUGCAUCGUCACCGACAGAGGAAAGGAAAGAAGAAAUAUGUCGUACACGACGAAUCAGCGUGAAAGAUUUUAAAGAGGUGGAAAGUGCGUAAUGUCGCCACGAUUCGUUAAAUUGUCGAUCGUAGGAUAAACGUGUCGCGGAAAAAUCGAGUUAUUAUCGUUCGAUCGUGUGGAAACAUCCGAUCUAAUCGGGAAUAUAGGAAGAAACAAGGCCGAUCCGCAUUCCCUUGGUGCUACCAGACAGGAAUAGAGGGGACAGAUAGGGGUCAGUCACGAUUCGAAGUGGCCCGUAGACACGCAUGGAAAUGUUCUAGCGACAGUAACGUCGAUAGGCAUCGUUCGGCAACAGAUGGGAAAGGUAUCCACGCCGUAAGAAGUGCCGCUAUGUCCCACAUAGAGCCACGACGGUCUACGAUUCUGGGACGUACCAAAAUGCGGACGAAGCUGGUGAAAAUCGUGGUGAUUCUGCUUCUAUCGGGAUUGGGGGACUCCAGACCGCAGAAGACCGAAUCGUUGCAACCGCAGACGACGAAAGUAAACGCCGAGGAACGGAAAUCCGCUCAAGUCUCCAGCACCCCGAAAAAUAUCCGAGAAGAUAGCAGUGCUCAGCCGAACGAUCCCCAACGUCACUUAAAGGACCUGCAGUACAUCGACCAGUCGUUGAGAACAGUUGCCACCCAGUUGCUCAAUGUCUCCAACCCGGAAGAAACGGGAAAGAUCCUGGACAACAACAUAAUCAACAAGUCCAAUAGUCAAAAACUAGCUGAAAGAAACGAUGUUUUGCCCAUGAAAGAAAUCACCGUUAACAAUGGCCAAUCUAUGAGCUUUGGCAGACCCAUAAACUCGAAGUUUGGCUACUUCGAGACCAGCCAUCCUGGUCAAGCCAUGGCUAUAACCGAAGAGGAACUCGAGAGAGAGAUGAGCUCGACACGGUUAAUGACUGCGUAUAAGAAUCACCCGACGACCACCGGUGGUAUUUCCACGUGGAUCCUUUUAAAUCCACCGUCCACCACGAUAAAAACAACCGAGGCGGAGAAAAAAGUGAAACAACCUUUGGAAACUGAAACGCGCACCACUAUCAAGCCAACGACUCUGAUGGAGCGAGUGGAAACGACCGAAAGAGUGAUCGAAAGAAUAACGAUGCCUGUUUCCACCACGGCAACGUUAGAAGAGCCUGCCAGCACGAAGAAAGUCAUCCUGACGACGAAGAAAACGACCGAGACGAAUUCAGAAAAGACCCAGAGCAUCGAUAAAGCUGAAUCCCCUCAGAACACUACGUCGAAGUAUUCUCAAACCACUGGAAACAAUUUCGAAAGUAAAGAUACUUCGGUUAGUCCCACCAAAAAGAUUCACACCGUUAGAACGACUCCCAAACCGAAAACCGCAACUUCGAAAACAACUCUGUUGUCGAAACCAUCGAUCACGAAGACUUCCAGGCCGAACCAGCAGGCUAGACCGAAGCCUUUGAUCAGGAGAACCACUGUUAAGCCAGAUAACUUGAAGAACGAAAAUAAUUCGACGGCUAAGAUAGAAAAAGUCACUUUCAGGCCUGUGCAAAUGAUCACGAUCCCGAAGAGCAAAUUGGAGAGCACGGAGAAGCCCAUGUUCGUGACGAAGAUCAAAGCCUCGGUUCUGAUGGAUACCCAGAAGACCACCGUACAACCUCCACUUUCUUCCACGACGUAUUUCGCGACAACCUCGAAAUCGACUUCGUUCAACAGCGACCUGGUGGAGAUACCAGCUAAGAUUAAACACCCUGUUGCGACGAAGAAUAACGUUCUAAAGGCGCAGCUGAAGAAACCUUUGGACGAUACGAAGAUCGAGAUAGAACCUAUCAAAGUAAAUGCGCCCGUUCUGAAGAUCGAGAAAGUCGAGAAGGUGGAUCCCAAGGAGGAGGAAACGAACAAGGAAACGGAGAAUCUGAACAGUUCGAAGAUAGACUUGAAGUUCGAUUUUAAUCCCGAAUUGACGAAAAUAAACGUGGACACGGAUAGUUCGACUUCGAGCACGACCCCAACCUCAACGUUGAGUACCAAGAGGCCCAGACACAGUUCGAAGAGGAAGAAGAACAAGAGUCGAAGACGGAAACCGUCCACCCCUAUGGUCACGACCACCGUUCCAUCCGUGAUCUCCAGUUCGACGGAAAUGGAGUUGAUGGCCGAGGAGGCAAUCGUCGAGAACGGAAUACAGGAAUCGAAAAUCGCGCCGGAAACCAAGCUGGUGGCCAACUCGACCAAGACGAAGAAGAAGCCAGUGCAGAAGCCGAUCAGUACUCAGAUCUACAAUUUCUUGAGCCGCGAAGUGAUGCCCAGCUUCGGUAUGAUGUCUUUGGUCGGACUUGGACUAGGUUUGGCCUCCUACUUCCUGUAUCCUUUCGGAGGGACGAUAGCUCGAAGGAACUACGAGAUCGAGCCCAAGUACAAGUACAAUUUGGACGAAUACGGCGGAAAUUACGGGCAGAGCGAAGAAGAGGUCCUAUCGAAGGUUCUUCAGGGUAUGAUCACCGACGAGAGCAAAUAUCCAGGUAUUAAGGACUACGACAACAACUAUUAUCAGUACCAGCAUUACGACGGGGGUUACGAGCCGCAGACGACCAAGAAAUACGAGCAAAGGUUCGGCGGUUCUUCGUCGCCGAUGUAUCGACCAGAGAACACGGCUUCCGGUUUGAAGUACAGGAACACGGAUUAUCGAUACGCCGACGCGCCGAGUACGGCCAACUAUUACGAGAAACCUAAGAACUCGGAUUACGUGGUCGGGCAAUCCGUGGCUGGUUCGGCGAAUCGUCAAUUCGUCGUGGGAAACGUCCCCAAAGAGUAUCCGCCCUACGAGGAGAAGAUUCCGGCUCUGUCCACUUCCGGGAAGCUGAGCAAUAGUUACGCGCCGACAGAGAGUGGCCAGGCACAGUUCGAUCGCGACGUGGGUCAGAAUUACAACUUUCCAGGGAGCUCUGUUCAGAGCUACGGUCAGGUUCAAACCGCCAGACCGGACGACGGAUACGAGGAGGUCGAGAUUACGCCUACUGCGGUCGCCGUAGAGCAUGGACCCAGGUCUCUGAAGAGAGAGUCUUUCCCCGACUCGAUAGGUUCACCUUCGAUGGAGAAACUACGGUCGAGAAAGAAGAGGGACUCUGUGAUCCAGAUUAUACCAACCAAGAGGGAGCUCGAGGAAGAGGAAAAGGAGGAAGAUCUGAGCAACGAGAUUCUGAACAUUAUUGAUUUGGCUCUGCCCGGGGAAAAGGACGAGAAAAACAGGACGCAGGACAACGAGGUGGAAGAUUUCGAGGCGCAGAGGAGGAAACAGAAGGAGGAGGAAAAGACACGCUUCAAGGAGUCCACGACGAAGGUUUCGACUGCGGAGACAAGUACACCGACCAGCGUGGAGACGUCCACUCGAGAAUCCGUUUCUUCGGCGACGAAGGAAGCUACGGAUUCCUCGACGUCGUCGUCUGUCUCGUCGGUCUCGUCGGAGAUCGAUCACGAGGUUAAUCCGACGGAAAGCUCGAUGACUUCCGAGCAGAGCAACGUCGAGUGGAUCGAUUUGACCACGAAGCAGCCGCCGGAACAGCAGGAUGGUUUUAAUAUUUUUAGUGUCGUGAAGAAGAUCGCCGAGAUAAAGUUCAGGCUCGGGCUGACGCUGCUUAAACAUGCCAGCGAGGGCUUCGCAAGAUACCUCGGCCACGUGCAGAAGAGGAUCAACGGUGAGGAGUGAAUGGCUUCGUUUAAAAGA